CCCGGAGCCAGCGGUUCUCAGUCUAGUAUAUUCCCUGACUCGGGCGCAUGCUCGGGCCGCUUCACUCAACAAACGCCGAGCUACGCAGUUCGGGAGCCAGAGCCGGGAGCGAAGGCAGCCAGUCCUCAUUAGGGACAGAUAGACAGACGGGCUGCUAUGGCAUCCUACUACGAGAUCCUGGGUGUGCCUUCAAAUGCGUCUCCUGAUGACAUCAAGAAGGCUUAUAGAAAGAAGGCGCUCCAGUGGCAUCCAGACAAGAAUCCUGACAACAAGGAAUUUGCAGAGCAGAAGUUUAAGGAAGUGGCAGAAGCCUAUGAAGUGCUGUCUGAUGAGCAUAAACGGAACCUCUAUGACCGCUAUGGCAAAGAUGGACUGUCUGGGGCUGGUUCAGAAUCUCCAUGGGCUGGAUCUGGUGGAUUCACCUUCACUUUUCGAAACCCUGAAGAAGUCUUCAGGGAAUUUUUUGGGGGCCAAGAUCCAUUUGCUGACUUUUUUGAUGACCUAGGCCCUGGUCAGGGCAUGCUGCAUGCCAGAGCCUUUUUUGGUUUUGGGUCCCCCUUCUCUGCCCACCCAGCCUUUGCUUCAGCCUUUUCCUUCAGUCCUGGGGCCCAUUCCCUACGUUCUGUGACCACCUCUACAGCCUUUGUUGAUGGCCAUCGAGUUACAACUCGAAGAAUCAGGGAGAAUGGAGAGGAACGGGUGGAGGUUGAGGAGGAUGGGCAGCUGAAAUCAAUCCUUGUCAAUGGAAUCCCUGAUGACCUGGCUCUGGGGCUGGAACUGAGUCGCCGAGAGCAGCUGCAGUUGACCAGACAAUUUCCUGGGCCUCUGCUCAAGCCAUUCCAUGCCGCGACCCUCUCAGACAGUGAGCCUUCCGAUGAAGAUGAGGACAUGCAGCUGGCCAUGGCCUAUAGCCUAUCUGAGAAGGAGGCAGCGGAGAAGAAGAAGGAGGCAGCAGUAGAGAAGAAGAAGGAGGCAGCAGUGGAGAAGAAGAAGGAGGCAGCAGUGGAGAAGAAGGAGGCAGCAGCCUCGGAGAAGAAGGAGGCAGCAGCCUCGGAGAAGAAGGAGGCGGUAGCCAUGGAGAAGAAGGAGGCGGCAGCCAUGGAGAAGAAGGAGGCAGCAUCAUUGGAGAAGAAGGAGGCAGCAGUGGAGAGGAAGAAGGAGGCUCCACCUGUAGCUGCACGGGUGGGCAUUCAGCAUCAGCACCCGAAUCCUGGGAACCGGACCCAGAUACCUACAGCUCCAGCUGAGAAGAAGGCCACGGGUGGGCGGUUGGCCGGCCAACAACAGAAGAGUCCGGACAACCGGGCGGCCCAUGGAGCUGGGACCCGGGCCUCGAUACCUUCAGCUGCAACUGAGAAGAAGGCCACAGGAGGCUGGCGGGCCGGCCAGUGGCAGAAAAAUCCGGAGCCCCGGGCCCAGGAGGAGAAAAAGUCUCCAGGUGGCCGGCGGGGCCGUCCACAGCAGAAGAGCCCUGAGACCCGGUCUCAUGAGUCCACUGAGAAAAAGUCUCCAGGUGGGCAGCGGGACCACCAGUGGUGGGGACACCCUGAGACCUGGGCCCAGCAUCCAGGGGUGGGGGUGGCUCAAGAAGGGGCCCAGAGAGUGGCCAGCGAGUCCAGCCUGGCUUCUGAGGAUAAGGCAUCUCGCUGUACCAUCCUCUGAAGACCAGGACCCACUCACCUUAAGCCUGCUUCCUGGGAGGGUCUCCUCUUCAGCCGGAGCUUGGUCCAUAGCCCUAACACUGUCCAAGCUUCACCUCAGCUCCAUGACCCCUUGGGCGAUGCUUCUUAACCAUUAGCCCCAACUUGGGCUUGAGUCUGCUAUGGCCAUGGGGUUUGCUACUGCUGCUGCUACAAGAUGUGGUUCUUUGGCUUACAUCCAGCCCAGAGCAGUCAGGCUUGGUCAGGUGGGACCUGGGCCUAGUGACUGGACAGGGAAAGGUUCAUCAGGAAGGACGUUACCCUUGAGCAGGGGUCAGUGGGUGCCUUGGGGAACAGAAGCUGAGGGCAGUGGAAUGGGAUGGUUUUAUAGAGAUGGAAUUCUGUCCCUGGGACUCAUUCCAUCAUAUGAUGGGGUCUGUAGGGAAGGGCUCUGCCUGGAGUUACUCUGGAUCCUGUCUUGGGUGGUCUGGGAGAGUUUAUCCUGGAGUGGUGGUGAGGGGUGACACGGGUAUCAACCUUUGUUCCUCUUACACCGUUUUAGAGCGUCUGCCUUUGCCACAUGGGUGAGGGGCAGUGAUGAGAUCUGACUAUCUCUGUUGCUUCCCUCCUACAAUUCCUCGAAGCUGUCCCUGCUGCUUUUCCUUCCUCAGCCACCUCUCUCUUUCCCCCCCUUUCCUGCUGGCUGGCUGGCUAAGAUACCCUUCCCUUUCCCUCUUCCCCAACAAGGCUUUGGUGCUAAAUGAGGAAGAAGCUGGAAGGGCCGAGGGUCUCCAGGGUAGGUAGGCUAAGAUGGCUAAGGAGUUCCUUCAGUAGCCCCGACACUUUGACCCAGCCCCCCCCCUCCCACUUUCCUUCUUUUUUGAGCUGUUCCUAUCCCUUGUUGGGCUUUUGGACUGGUUGGAAAAUGGGGUACCCAGGAGAGAGGGGGAUGGUACGGGGUAAGGGAUGACCCCCAAGACUUGGCCCAUAUGGGGACUGUGAAUUCCCUCCCCUCAUCCGAACCCCAAGGUUCUAGGGGAGCCCCCGCUUGACUGCUGUGCUCUGCCCCGGGCUGCUUGGUGCUGACCCUUCUUUCCUGUCACCUCUGCCCUGCUCUCUCCCCAGAUGUAUUCUGAACUGGAUGUCCAGGACCCAGAGCCGCCACAAAACUCCUUCAGGAUGUCACCCUUCCCUGGGUGCAGGGUGGGGGGAUUCCCCUCCAUUCCUCUCCCCCAUCCAUGCUGAGCUCUGAGCCGUGGCCUGGAUGGUGUGCUUCAGGGGCAGGUGGGCGGUGGGUUAGUAGUAGUACACUUCCCAAGAGGCCGUGUUCGGGAGCCCUUGGAAACUACAUGUCCCACAAUGCUAUGUACCCCUUCAUAGAUUGCCUGGGUGAAACUGUAAGUGGUGUGGGAGCAAUGCAUCUUAGGACAUGCAGUUUCCACCAGUACCAGCCACAGGCGGCCUCUCUCCCGUCCUGUGACCACUCAGAGGGAUCCUAUCCGGCGUCGUGGAGGUGGAGAGGGUGUGGGGGCCGGGGAGGAGGGGGAGAGCCGGGGGGCUGAGCUGCUCCAGCUCUGUCUCCCCUUCGGACUCCACUGGUUGGGGGGAGGAGGAGUGGGGUCCCUCUGCCGUGGGGUGGGGGAGCAGUAACGGGAGGGGGGGGGGGGCUCCAGUCGUCUGUGCUGCGAAGGGGCCCGGAGAACAAAGCGGCUCGCACCCCAGCGCGCUGCCCGGAGGCGGCAGGACCGGCUGACGGAGGAGGCACCGGCGGCGGCGGCGGUUGGGGAGGGCCCGGGUGGGGCAGCGGGGUAUUUGCUGGGCGCGGUGCGGAGUUAGGAAUGGGGCGCGGAAUGGGAAACCGGAGCUGGCUCCAAGAGGCCGCGAGUGUGAGAUGUGUAGGGACAACUGGAUGGGGCCGGCAGGAGGGGCCGAAGGGCACGGGGCCGCUUGCGCGGACUCCCCCGGCCUCCGACCCUCUUCCCUCCGCGAGGACGCAGCUGGCCGCCCUCUUCUCCCUAGAGGACCCCCGAGCAGGGGAGGAGGUAGGGGUGCAGAAAGCACGAGCGCUCCAUCCUGUCGGCUUGGGAGGGCCCGCUGGGCCAGUAGGUGUUUAGCGCAUUCAUGAGUGAAACAGAGGAAAUCAAUAAACUGAUGAGAUUUGGAGACCCUUUUGGCUGUCCUCGGAGCCUCCUUUCAUUGACCAGCCCGGGUGAAGACGGAAGGGGGAGGUUCAAAGUAGAUCCUCCCCUGUUCGGUCUGAUGAACAAAUUGUGGAAUCUCCAUGAAAACUGGGUUCUGGUACCUCCUGGGUACCGCCCGCAUCUGUGACUUGGGUCUGGAAAAUCUACACUGGCUGAUAAUACCAGCUCACUGAACACGGAGUGAGGAAGCAUGGUGUGAUGAAUAGGCUACAGGACUUCUGACAUCAGGUUCAAAUCUUGGGCUCAAAUUCCCCUUCACUAGAUGUGUGACACUGGACAGGGCAUCUAACCUGAGUUAGGAUUUCUCCAUCUGUAAAAUGGGGAUAAUAGCAUUUAACUGGGUGGAAAUCUAAUGAGAUUUGUAAUGUGAGCCAUUGCAGAUGUAGGGAGAUGGAUUGUUAGGGGAUUCCCUCCAGGAACCCUAAGUGCUUUCUAGUCGGUGCUUCCUUCAGCACCAUCUGCUUAGGCAGAGGAAGGGUGAGUUGCAAUGUUUGCUCCUGUCUGAAGCUGCUCAAAACCAGCACCUGCAUGCAUAGCUGCAGGACUACAAGUGAAGCAACAAGUGAAUCUGUCCAGUAAGCUGUGGCUUGCUAUGUG